AUGAUAGGAGUAGCACAUGCUUGCUUCGAGAGGCCCGACUCUGAGGGAGUAGCGCUUAUCCUUCGGGAUAUACAUCCAGUCCCCUUGACUCUCGUGCACGUGCACGCGGUGGGGGUCGGUCACGCCGACUAUCUCAUUGCCUCGGGGCAGGCCCUGGGCGACGACGACGACGACGAGACCGGGAUCUUCUCCGAGGGUGCCGGGGAGGUCCUGCAGGCGGGCUCGCGCAGUGGGUUCCAGGCCGGCGACCGCGUCUUCCUGCGAUAUCCCGCCUGCUGCCGCACGUUCCUGCGCCUGCCGGUGGCGUUUGUGGCUCCCUUGCUGCCGCAGAUCUCUUUCGUGGAGGCGGCCGCACUCCCGACGGCGGGAUUGAUGGCCCUUUAUGCUCUACGCACUCUGGAACGCAUCUCGACCGAUGACUCCGUUCUUGUGCGCCAUGCAGCCAACGCGGUCGAGCAUAGCCAGGAGAAGCGGGAGAUCUUGCGAGCAAAAUACAACCUUUCACCGGAGUUCAUCCUUUCCGAGCACCAGGGUGGCCUCGAGAUAGUCAAUGGCAUCUGGCAGGCUAUCUCAGAAGGAGGGGUGGAUCUGGUCUUGAAUUUCGACAGGCAGGAGUUGGAAGGAUCGCUGGAUGCCUUGGCACCGUUUGGCACGCUGGUCAGCUUAGACCUUUCCAACACUCGGCCGCCUGACCAUCCCCGUCUCCUCCGAGACGCCGCGUCCCGGUGUAUCACCCUUGCUGCCGUGGACUUAACCAAACUCCAUGGCCAAAAACCCGCGAUCGUUCGGCAGCUUCUUCGGCAACUAUCACAGCUUAUGCUAGACGGGUCCGUGGUUCCGGUGACGCCGGUGAAAGUCCUCGCGGCUUCGGAACUUGCCAAAAACCUACAAACCGUGCAGAAAAGGCAGAUAUCCAGUAAGGCAGUGCUAGAUCUAGGUCCACGGCAGUCCGUAUCGGUGAGUGCAGCUAUGGGACCUGUCCGGGUGAUAGUGUGGUUGGACUUCACUACAAGGACCAGUGGUUAA